AUGAUCUCUUUGUCUUCAUCCUUAUUCGAUCUCUUUCUCUUUACCACUCCUUCCAAUCAGUCUCCUCUUUUAGUCGAUCUCUUCUUUAUCCUUUAUUCCCGUCUCUUUCUCUUUUACUCCUUCAAUCAGGUCUCUUUGUUCUUCAUCCUUUAUUCGAUCUCUCUUUCUCUCUUUGCUCCUUCAAUCAGUCUCUCUUUCUCUUCAUCCUUUAUUGAUCUCUCUUUCUCUUUAACACUCUCCUUCAAUCAGUCUCUCUUUAUCUCUCUUUGUCUUCAUCCUUUAUUUGAUCUCUCUUUCUCUUUUAACACUCCUUCAAUCAGUCUCUCUUUUGUCUUCAUCCUUUAUUCAAUCUCUCUUUUCUCUUUAACACUCCUUCAAUCAGUCUCUCUUUUGUCUUCAUCCUUUAUUGAUCUCUCUUGCCUUCACCACUCCUUCAUCCUUUAUUCAUUCUCUUUCUCUUCAUCCUUCCUUCGAUCUCUCUUUCUCUUUGUCUUCCCUUCAAUCAGUCUCUCUUUCUCCUUCAUCCUUUAUUCGAUCUCUUUCUCUUUAACACUCCUUUCAGUCUCUCCUCUUUCUCUUCAUCCUUUAUUCGAUCUCUUUCUCUUUCCUUCAAUCAUCUCUCUUUGUCUUCAUCCUUUUAUUCGAUCUCUCUUUCAUUUAACACUCCUUUCCAGUCUCUCUUUGUCUUCAUCCUUUAUUUGUCUCUCUUUCUCUUUAACACUCCUUCAAUCAGUCUCUUGUCUUCAUCCUUUAUUCGAUCUCUCUUUCUCUUUAACACUCCUUCAAUCAGUCUCUUUCUCUUGUCCUUUAUUCAGUCUCUCUUUUCUCUUUCUGCUCAAUCAGUCUCUCUUUGUCUUCAUCCUUCAUUCAUCUCUCUCUUUGUCUUCAUCCUUAUUCGAUCUCUUUCUCUUUGCCUCCCUUCAAUCAGUCUCUCUUUGUCUUCAUCCUUUAUUCAAUCUCUCUUUCUCUUUAACACUCCCCUUCAAUCAGUCUCUCUUUCUCUUCAUCCUUUAUCUCUCUCUCUUCUUUCUCCUUCAAUCAGUCUCUCUUUGUCUUCAUCCUUAUUCAUCUCUCUUUCUCUUUAACAAUCCUUCCAAUCCUCUCUCUUUCUCUUCAUCCUUUAUUCGAUCUCUCUUUCUUUGCUGCUCCUUCAAUCAGUCUCUCUUUUCUCUCUUCUCUUCAUCCUUAUUCGUCUCUCUUCUCUUUAACACUCCUUCAAUCAGUCUCUCUUUGUCUUCAUCCUUUAUUCAGUCUCUCUUCUUUAACACUCCUUCAAUCAGUCUCUCUUUGUCUUCAUCCUUUAUUCGAUCUCUCUUUCUCUUUAACACUCCUUCAGUCAGUCUCUCUUUGUCUUCAUCCUUUAUUCGAUCUCUCUUUCUCUUUAACACUCCUUCAAUCAGUCUCUCUUUGUCUUCAUCCUUUAUUCUCUCUCUCUCUUUCUCUUUUCUCACUCCUUCAAUCAGUCUCUCUUUACUCUUCAUCCUUUAUUCGUCUCUCUUUCUCUUUAACACUGUUUUUCAAUCUCUUCAUCCUUUUUCGAUCUCUUCUUUCUCUUUUUAUUCUUUCCUCUCUCUAUUCGAUCUCUUAACUCUUUCCUUCAAUCAGUCUCUCUUGUCUUCAUCCUUUAUUCGAUCUCUCUUUAACACUCCUUCAAUCAGUCUCUCUUUCUCUUCAUCCUUUAUUCGAUCUCUCUUUCUCUUUAACACUCCUUCAAAAGUCUCUCUUUGUCUUCAUCAUUUAUUCGAUCUCUUCUCUUUCCAUCCUUCAGAAAUUCUCUCUUUCUCUUCAUCCUUUAUUCGAUCUCUCUUUCUCUUCCACUCCUUCAAUCAGUCUCUCUUUGUCUUCAUCCUUUAUUCAGUCUCUUUCUUUCAUCUCCUUCCUUCAGUCUCUCUUUCUCUCCAUCCUUUAUUCGAUCUCUCUUUCUCUUUCUCCUUCAGUCUCUCUUUCUCUUAUCCUUUAUUCGAUCUCUCUUUCUCUCUUUAUUCCUUCAAUCAGUCUCUCUUUGUCUUCAUCCUUUAUUCGAUCUCUUUCUCUUUAACACUCCUUCAAUCAGUCUCUCUUUCUCUUCAUCCUUUAUUCGAUCUCUUUCUCUUUGCUUACUCCUUCAAUCAGUCUCUCUUUCUCUUCAUCCUUAGAAAGACACUUUCUCUUCAUCAUGAAAAGAACACUUUCUCUCCAUCAUAG